UGUGCCGAGUGACAUAAUGCGGAAGUGGAGUUGCAGCGCCACCAAAACAUUGGAUAGUAAUGAGAAAAGAUGCAGUGUUGAUCCUUUACUCCGUUUCGGGUAAAUCAUAAUUAUGUGGACGUAAUUAGAAAUAAUGGAGGAUGCUGUCAGUCGCAGUUCUGUUGAAUCUUCUUCAACCAAUGAUGAUUAUGUGGUAGUAAAUGGAGAACCCAAAUUGAAAAUAACAGGUGACAUUAAUGAUCUGAAUGAUGAGGUAUCUCAGUCCUCUAGAAAGAUGACUUCGACGUUGACCCCCUCCAGCUCGGCUGGGACUGACCCCCAGUCCCCCAUCAGUUCUGUAGGCAAUGUAUUCCCCACCAGUCAGUCCACCAGUGGCAUCAGUGAUGAAACAAUACCAGGAGGAGGUAAAGGGAGAUCAAUGUCUUUGCCUGGGAACAUGGACGAAGGUUAUACAACUUUUAAUGGAGUUACCUAUCUUGGAUGUGCUUUAGUGAAUGCUCCGCGGAGUGAGGUGGAGAUUUAUCGUAACAUGUCAAUACUUAAUGAACAGUCCAAACAGGCCAUUCCAAUAGAACUCUAUAUCCCUAGGACCUCAGAAGGAAAUGUAAGAGCAGAUGGAGUUGUUAGGUUGGUAGACCCAGGCACAGACUCCGACAUAGCCUGUUAUAAGAUCCACCGUAUUUUGUUCUGUGCUAGGGGACCCUCUGACAGUGACGAGAAAAUGUGCUUUGCGUUUACGUGUAGUCAUGGUGACAGCCCUGAUUCGGCUAUAUUCCAGUGCCAUGUUUUCAGAUGCGAGAUACAGGAAGCGGUUGCCAAAAUAUUGUAUUCGUUUGCUACCAGUUUCCGACGCUUACCCAAGGCAGCAGUGCGAACUGCGUCAAGCAUAAGUGAAGCAGAGGUAACAGCAAUAUUCAGUGUGAACCUGGAGUUUAAGGAGGAUGAUGGGAAGGGAAGUUACAGCACAUGUCCCAAAGACAAAAACAUUUUUAAAUUCCGUUGUGACUAUGACAAGAAAAUUGUGAUUUCUGUGACUCAAACGGGAAACAAGGAACUUAGAAUAGAAAGGUGUUUUGGUUUACUUUUGUCACCUGGUCGUAAUGUUAAAGAUGGAGACAUGCACCUCAUAGAAAUGAAUUCUAUGGGAUACUCAAGUGAUGGAAGGACUUACACAAUCUCUGGAAACUGGGACAUUUCUGAAGACUGUUUCAAAGUCCUCAACUCAGAAACUCCUAAAGAUACACGUGUGUUUCUGACCGUAGCAGUGGAUCUGGUGAUUUGUGGCAUUCAGGAACCUGUGCGGUUUGGCAUAGAAACAAAGGCCAAGAUAUUCCCACACAAUGAACGCUUCUGGUACUUCACCAAGAAACCCCACCAAGAACUAUUCCAUGUCAAAUUAAAACUUAAUUGUGGAAUUGGAAUGCCAAAGACUGAGACUGAUGCUCCUGAUGUUGUGCAAUAUGAAGUGGUAGAGGUCCAGAGUCAGACACAGAUAGACAGACAGAAGGCUGGGAUGAGUCUGCAGGGUCUCAAACACAACAGGCAAAUGUCAGAGGGGGUCCAUUCACCCCAGGAGCCAGAGGAAGAGUCAGAUGGAGAUGAGCCUCUGCUGAGUGGAUCUGGCAUGGUCAGUAAGGAGGUCAUGGAUGACAAUUUACUGGAAGCUUGGCAUGAUGUCCUGGUCAAGUGGCAACAGAACCUGUCUCAGAGGCCCAAACAAGUGCAGCAGCUGGCAAGGAAAGGCAUUCCAGAGGCCCUCAGAGGGGAAGUGUGGCAACUGCUGGCUGGUUGUCAUGACAAUUCUGAACUGAUGGAAGCAUACAGAAUCCUCAUCACAAAGGAUUCUCCGACCGAGGGGGUGAUCCAGAGGGACAUCAACAGGACAUUCCCCGCCCACACAUUCUUUAAGCAGUCCGGGGGGCUGGGUCAGGAUUCCCUGUACAGAAUCUGUAAGGCCUACUCAGUGUAUGACGAGGAGAUAGGAUAUGUACAGGGGUUGUCUUUCUUAUCAGCUGCUCUCUUACUCCAUAUGCCAGAGGAACAGGCAUUUGCAGUGCUUGUGAAGAUUUGUUUUGAUUAUGAAUUGAGAGAUUUAUUCAAACAAGGAUUUGAAGUGCUGCAUUUGAAGUUUUACCAAUUGGAGCGGUUAAUGCAGGACCUGAUGAGUGACCUGUUUGAACACUUUACGGAGAUGGGGCUGGAGAUCCACAUGUUUGCCUCCCAGUGGUUCCUCACCCUCUUCACCGCCAAAUUCCCACUGUUUCUAGUCUUUCACAUUCUAGAUCUUUUCCUGUGUGAGGGAAAGGAUAUCAUUUUCAAUGUUGCAAUGGCUUUGUUAAAGAUGUCCAGAAAAGAUUUGCUGGCAUUAGACUUUGAAGGCAUUUUGAAAUACUUCAGGGUUCACAUGCCCAAAAAGUACAGGACAGAGGAAGCAGCGAGGGAGCUCAUGGCAGCCGCUGUCAAUGCCAAGGUUACCAGUAAGAAGCUGAAGAAGUAUGAGAAAGAGUAUAUCACCAUGAAGGAACAGGAGAUGCAACAAGAGGACCCUAUAGAGAGAAUGGAGAGAGAGAACAAACGGCUCGUGGAGGACAACAUGAGGUUAGAGCAGGAGAAUGAUGACCUGGCUCACGAACUCGUGGACAGUAAACUGACACUGAAGAGUGAGCUGGACGAGGUGCAAGACCAGAAUAAAGAGAUGAAGACAGAUUUGGCUAAAAGUAAAAAACUUUUGAAGGACACACAAGAAGAGAAACAGAGACUGGAGGUGGAGACACAACAGGUGAAGGAGAUGUGUAGAAAGGAAUUGGACAGGCUGGAGUCUGAGAAUUCUAGGAACACAGUCAUAGUGGCUGACUACAAACAGAUAUGCACCCAGCUGAGUGAGAGGCUGGAAAAGCAACAGACAGCCCACCGAGAGGAACUCUCCAGGAUCAAGUCACUAGUGAAGUCCUGUGAAACCUGUUCUAAAAUGUUUGACGCUGAUGGAAAAGUGAAUUUACCCGAACCAAAAAUGGACCCAGAGAAAUUGAACCCCAAGAUUGUGGACUUACAACAACAGAUUCGUGAGCUGGAGCUCGAGCUAGCUCAGACCAAGCUAGCUCUGGUGGAGUCUGAAUGUAAAACACAGGAUCUUACACAUUCUUUAAAUGCGGCUGUGAGUGAAAUCCAGGCAUCCAAAAACACCUGGUUCACAAAGACACUCAACUCCAUCAAAGAGGUGGCAAACACACACACGGGUAAAAAAGAACCGAAGGACUGAUCAAUUCAGACACCAAUUCCAUACUUAUAGUGCAAUCCGGCUUGUGAUAUAUUGUUUUAUUAUUGUAUAUGUUGUAGAUGUAAUCUGUCGCUAAGUAAAGCAAUACCAUUAA